AUGGAGUCCCAAGAAUGCCGAUCGACCAGCGGUCGUCGGCCUCCUCAACAACCACGCCAACGAAACCUAGCUUCACAGUUGUCGGAACAGCUCGUUGAUAGUCAGUUUCCGCUAGGUUGCAAGUUCAAAUUCCUGCCAAAAGCUCGCAUCGACAGGCUUGUUUCACGAGAGGCUAUUAUUCAAGAACUCUCCGGCUCUGCAAACCCCUUCAAGCCAGAAGACGAAGCCUUCAUCCAAUGGAUCCUCCACAAGGCUCGCAAACUCUUUCUCACCAUCCUAGACAGCCGUCUAGUCGAGGGCCCAUCUGACAAGCUUUACUCACUCGAUUGCUUUCAGGCACGUGGACUUGAUGACGACCAGAUGCCUUGGACUGAUUCCAGCAGGUUUCUCCCAAUCGAUGAUAUUGAAAACGAAACCUGGUUCCACGAUGUCUGGAGUAAAGAGAUGGAUACAAAUUUCCGACGAUCUCAGUGGAGAUUUGUAGUUCCUGUAAUUACCUCAACACAGUUCAGAUAUAGGCUCGAGGCGCACCAAGUUCUUCCCUUUCUCCAAGUUGUUGGGAACCCCAAAGAAGGAGCAUUCGGUCGAGUAUAUUGUGUCCAGAUUGAGCAGUCCCACAUUGAUAUUGGCUUUCCGGUUAAGCGUAUUGCUGUGAAAGAAAUCACAAACCCAACACAGCAGCGUGAGACUGUAGCUGAAGCUUGGCCUAACGAAGUCCGGGUUUUGGAGAAAACCAAGUCUCUUAGUGACCCGCACCUCAUCACCUGUAUUGCCGCUAUCGAAAGGGGAAAUGAGCGAUAUCUCCUCUUUCCUUGGGCUCAAGAUGGAAAUCUACGAGAGUACUGGGAAACACCUUCUGAAAGGUUCUAUGGGAGAGCUGCCAUUACUGAGGCACUCAUUCAGCUCAAGGGCCUAGCCACUGCGCUUCGUCAGCUCCAUUACUUUGGACUGCCCGAUGAUUUGGCAGACCUGCCCGCCAGUUUAAAGGAUGAAUACGACCAGACUGGAGUCAAUAUGUCUAUUAGGCAUGGGGAUCUUAAGCCAGAGAACCUUCUCUGGUUCUUAGAAGAAACCCCUGGAUCGAAGAAAACCCGAUAUCUCAAAAUUGCUGACAUGGGCCUCGCAAAACGUCACGUUGUUGCUACCCAGGACCGGUCCUGUCUUACAUCAACUAGAUACGGAACUAUUCUCUAUGAGGCCCCUGAAGCACAGACAUCCCAUUCUGGUAGAUCUCGCCAGUAUGAUGUCUGGUCUAUGGGCUGUAUUACGCUGGAAUGGGUUAUUUGGAUUUUAUACGGAAAUGGCCAGCUCCAAAGGUUUUACUCUGACCUUAAAGGCUACGGAAACGACUUCACCCCUUACUACCAACUGGAUGCAAACUACUCUCAAAAAAGAGCAAAAGUCCAUCCUGCCGUUGUUCACUGGAUUUCACACAUCAAAACGACGCACCCGGAAUGCCAGGAGGAAUCUGCCAUUAAGGGCCUUCUCCAACUUGUAGAAGAAAGACUUCUAGUAGUCCCUCUACCGGUUCGUCGACCUACAAUUUUACUUGAUACCAGCCGGCAGUCCAAUCAAUCCCCUCUCCCUGAUUCUCAAGAUGUCCCCAAUCAACCUAGGGCCACAUCGAAAGAGUUCGAAAACGCUAUGAAUGUAAUAUUGGAAAAGGUAGGAAGGUGUCAGAACUACUUACUUAGGAGUUCAGAUUUGCGUUCUUCGGCCCCUCCGCCCAAUUUUACACCUCUACUGCACCCCGGAAUGGGUUAUCUGACUAGCAAGGUUUCCACAGUGGGCAAAGGAUUGGCUCCACCUUCCACAGGCUCGCGAGUGAGUAAAGUCUAUCAUUUACAGGUUCCAGCAAAUAUUAUAAGAAGGCUGAUCGCAGGUUACUUACUCUGGGACAGAAAUAUGUAUGUUGAAUAUGUACUGAACCUUUUGCACCUUGGUCAGGCUCUCGAGAAAUGGGAAUUUCCAAUUGAUAAUACCUUUGCCAAGAAGGUUAUACGAGAUACACAUGGCGGUUCUUGGUUCCCUGCUCAUACAAGUUCAACGGCAGAACUCUGUCAUCGAUGUCGCAGCCUUGAUUUCUCCAACACAGGUUUAGACAUUAAGCGGGACUCUGGUGAGCUCGAACAAGGUUCUCAGCACUGUGAAUUGUGUUCCCUCCUUUGGCAUGUUUGGUCUCAAUCUUUGAGCACUCAACAAGGGGCGAUACAAGGAACAGUUUGUUUCGAGCGAACUGGAUCUCUUCUCAAGAUAUUCGGGGUACAAAAUGAGCCGAUGCCGGCUCUGUCACUAACAGCUCACCACGAUGCCCCUUCACCUACUAGCAUUCAAAUCGGGCUACCAAACCUUCCUGAGUCUGGUUCUGAGCAACAGCUCCAAAUCAUUCGAAAAUGGCUUGAUGAUUGUGACGGAAAUCAUGGAGGCUGCAAGUUCAAAGGUGAUGUCAGCCUCCCUACUCGCUUGAUCGAUGUUGGGAGUCGAGGUUCGCCAAUCCUCCGCUUGGUCGAGACUGCGGACAGAGCACUGGACGAUAAAAGGUACAUUGCUCUUUCUCAUCGCUGGGGUGAUACUAAGGAACACCCCCCAUUCUGUACCCGGUUCAAAGAUCCCACAGGUCGGGGCCAUGACCUUCAAUCAUUCAAAAUGGCCUUGCCACAAGACGAUGUGCCACAGACAUUCAAAGAUGCCAUUGAUGUUACACGUCGCCUUGGAAUUCGAUAUCUUUGGAUUGAUUCACUGUGCAUUGUUCAAGGAGAGGGAGGCGACUUCAACACCGAGGCUAAGCGCAUGGAAGACGUUUUCAGUUGUGCGUAUUGUGUCAUUGCGGCUAGCCGGGCUUCCAACCAGCUUGAAGGCUUCAUAAAAGAGCGACCAAAACGCAAGUUUGUCACCAUUGAGCAAGGUAGAGCACCCCCGCUCUACGUUUGUGAAGCAAUUGAUAAUUUUGGUGGCCAUAUUCUCGAAGGUGCUUUGAACCGCCGUGGCUGGGUCCUCCAGGAGCGUGCUUUGGCUCGACGUACUGUGUACUUUGCGGACGCUCAGACCUAUUUCGAGUGUGGCGAGGGUGUGAGAUGUGAGACUCUGACGAAGAUGCAGAACACGCUGGCAGAUCUUCUUGGUGAUGCUAGGUUUCCAGAAAAGGCGAUGAGGACACAGUCAAGAGGCCUCAAAAUCCGUUACUUCCAGGCACUCUACCAGCAGUACUCUCAGCUUGAGCUCAGCCAUAUACAAGAUCGCCCACUAGCAAUUGCUGGACUUGAAAGCCGUCUUCGCAAAGCCUAUCGUCUGCGUGAUGACUAUUGGGCCAAGGGUGGUUACGGAAUCUUUCAUGACGGACCUGGCCAUGGGCUCUUCCAUCGUAGCCUACUAUGGAAGAGAAGCGAGGAUGAGCCAGUCUUGGAUUUAAUCGACUUUUCCAGACGCCCAGAAGAUUCCAUGCCAACUUGGUCCUGGAUGGCCUUCAAAGGUGGCAUCGAUUACCUUGACCCGCCAUUCAACAAGGUCGACUGGGAAAUGACAGAAGUGGAAUCCCCAUGGUCACGGACAAGCGGUGGUAGCGAGGGCACUCUUAGCUCCCGUCAUCUCAAAGUGACCGCGCGACCUUUUAAUGUUGCGGGUCACUGGCCUGGCGAAAUCGAGCUUAUAUAUGAUAACCCUGAGCGCAAAGCCACCUCUGAGGGCUAUCGGCCCAAAUGUGCUAUCGUUGCCAAGUCUAAAGAAGGUGUCGAGAGGAAUGAGAAGAGCUUUUAUGUCAUGAUCUUGAUUGAAGUACCGAAUAUGGACUCGCAGGGCCAACAAGUAUUCAGACGCCUUGGGGUAGGUAGAAUGAUGGGGAAAUAUAUCAGUUGGGAAGAAAGCUUGCAGAAGGGAGUAGUUAGUUAG